GAACAAACACCCGAAUUUAUCCAAUUCUGACAGAGAAAUGUCAUCUUAGCGGAUUGUGGUUGUGACGUUCUGAGUUACAGACUUUUUUUUUACCGACGGAAAAAGAGUUUCUGAACCCAACGGCUUCACGGAACGGACCUAAAUAACUGUAGUUACACCGUUCCGCCGCUAUGUCAAAUCACCAUAACCGCCCGGCGCUGUUCCCGGGAAAUGGAGAAGAAGAAGAAGAAGAAGAAGAAGCGGAAACGGAAAUUAGGUCAUUUUGUUUUGAAAAGAGGGAAAUUUAAAACUCGACCGAUAAUCAGACGUAAACAAACAACCGGAAUAAACCCUCAAAAAAUGCCCUCAAUCUGACACGUUUCAUCCCCGAAUGUAAAGGUUGCUUCACACCAGCAUGAAGAAGAAGUCGAGGGCGUCGCAGGCGGCAGGCGGCUGCAGCAGCCAGGACUGCUGUGCUCUGUGCAGGCUUGGGGACGAUGACCCGGCCAUGUUCGGGGAAAAAGUCACACUGGUAGAGCACAGACUCUCUGUUCACUACUUCUGUUUGCUGACGUCCUGUGGCGUUUACCAGCGAGGAGAGGAGGACGAGGGCGUCUUCGGUUUCCUGGUGGAAGACAUCAAACAGGAGCGCUGCCGCUCGGGUCACCUGACCUGUGGUUUCUGUAAGAAGAAAGGAGCAUGUGUCGGCUGUAAUGUCAGAAGCUGCAGGAAAAUGGUCCACUUUCCCUGCGGGAGGAAAUCCAAGUUUAUCUCUCAGUUUACUGGACAAUUCCCGUCCUACUGUCCGGACCACAGUCCCACUCAGUCUCUGUGUGUGAGUUUAGACCUCAGUCUGCCUCAGUCCUGCUCCAUCUGCCUGGACUCCAUCGACCCCGUCCUGAGCUACUCCGUCCUCAAGUGUCCGUCCUGCCACACCAGCUGGUUCCAUCGGGACUGUGUGCAGCGCCAGGCCCACAGCGCCGGCCUCUUCUUCUUCAGAUGUACUCUGUGUAACAACAAGGAGAGCUUCCAGGAGGAGAUGCUGAGGAUGGGAAUCUACAUCCCAGAGAGAGAUGCCUCCUGGGAGCUGGAGGUGGAUGCGUAUUCAGAGCUGCUGGAGGUUUACAAGCGCUGUGACGCCGACGCCUGCAUCUGCAGCGACGGACGGACGCACUCCGCCAAGACUGGUUGGUUCGAGGUGAUUCGCUGCCGGCUGUGUGGCUCCAGAGGGACUCACAGGAAGUGCUCCAAGCUGAGGUUGGAGUGCAGAAACUGGGUCUGCAGUGACUGCAAGCAGGCGACCGACGGGAGAGCCUCCCUGGUUGCUUCUCCUCAAGGAGGUCAGAGGAGGAGUCUGCUGUCCAAGCGCCUCCCGUCCCCCAUCCACUCCUCCAUCCACUCCUCCAUCAGCUGUAAGAGACCGUCUCCACCUGUUGGGUGUGGCUCACCUGAGGAGAUCCUGCGGGCGCUGGGGCCUCAGCUCCGCCCCCUCGGUGUGCAGGUGGAGGUGGUCGGGGGCGGGGCUCUGUCUGCAGGCGUGCAGCUGGUGAGGAGGGCUGACUUCGACCCCACACACACUCUGAGUGUCAGGUUCAAAGACGACCAGCAGACCGCAUUUCCCAGCAGCCUCGGGGACAGCGACACAGCCAGCCAGUACUUCCUGCAGCUGCUGGUGCAGCAGAUCCAGGACUCUGUGGUGUUUGAGGGUCCAGACGGAUCCAAAAACCUGGCGCUGGACUCCCAGGCUCUGCGUGACGACCUGUACUAUGACGUGGGCUGCCUGCUGGCUCUGUCUCUGGUUCACGGCGGCCCUCCUGUGGGCUUCUUCUCCCGCGGCCUGUACCAGUGUCUGUUCAACUACCCGCCCAACCGCCCGCUGGCCGCCUCCCACAUGACCCCCGGCACGCUCUGCAGCCGCCGCGUCAGCAGGAUGGCGGAGGCGGAGUCUCUGGAGGAGCUCAGAGAAGCUGCUGCAGCCAGCUGGGAGUACCUGGAGCUGGCUGGCUGCAACCGACCAAUCAGCAGCCUGGAGCAGAGGGAGGCUCUGGUGGAGGAUCUGGUCAGCUUCACCAUGAUCACCAGGAUGCAGCUGCCACUGCAGAGGUUUCGUGAGGGCCUGCAGACUCUGGGUGUCUUUGAUCAGGUGCAGCUCUUCCCGGCGGCGUUCUUCGGCGUGUUCUGCGAGGCGGGCGACCUCACGGCUCAGACCGUCGCUCAGAUCUUCACCGUGGACUUCUCUGAGCCGGAGGAGCGGCGCAGCAGAGAGACGCCCGUCUCCGGCUUCUGGAGGCACUUCCUGUCUGACUGUGAAGCUGGGAGGAGCUCCAUCACCCUGCAGGACCUCCUUCGCUUCGCCACAGGAGAAGAGGAGCUCCCAGCAGAUGGCCUCCUCCCUUCUCCCUCCAUCUCCUUCCUCCACCCGACAGAGGCGGAGAGGAGCGAGGCGAGGAGUGAGGAGGAGCAGGAGGAGGAGCAGGAGGAGGGGGUGCUGAGGGACGAGGGCCUGUUCCCUCAGAGGGAGCCUGGCUCCAGGCGCCUCCUGCUGCCCGUCUCCUCCUCGUACCCGGCCUUCAAGAGCUCCAUGGAGCAGGCGGUCAGCCACCACGUGCACCUCCUCCUCCCCACUCACAGCUAGAGGAGCAGGAGAGGAGCAGGAGAGGAGCAGGAGGAGAGCAGGAGAGGAGCAGGAGAGGAGCAGGAGGAGAACAGAGGACGUCAUGACCAGUAUUUCAUGAGGCAUCUGUUCAUUUUGAGCUCAAAUAUUUUAUCGUCCGGCCAAAGCAAACUACAAAACUUUCCUUUUGAAGGUUGAAAAACAAGAUCUGACUUUUGCAUUGUUGCAGCUUUUUUCCUCUUUCACCACGUUUUGUAAAUUCAUAAAUAUCGUCGAUGAUUUUAUAACCUUGUCUGCUUUUACCUGCUUUUUUUAUUGUACAUUGUUUUGUUUUUUACUUUUUAUUGAAACUUGUGUUCAUGUGGAUGUUUUUUUUAUAUAUUUUCUUUUUUUCUGGAAGCAAUAUUACAGUUAUUUCUUAUUUGAGAGGAGGAGCUGCACACAUAAAAUAAUAUGAAUCCUUUUAAUGGAGAACCAGGGUUUCCCAUUAAUGACCCUCAGAUCCAAACACACUGCUGCAUUAUACCGUUCAGUAGCCGCGAGCUAACAUUAGCUUUUAAAGUGGCUUCAGUCACACUAAACUGUGAGUAACUGCUUUGAAAAACUUCCUGUCGAUAAGUGUAUGUAGCUUUCAAAAUAAGAGCACAGUGUGUUAACAGAAUUUACAAGAAAACUGUCAAAAUAAGAUGCCUUAAAUAAAAUAUACAAGAACACUUAUUCUCCUUUAAAAUGAUUCUUAAAAUAUGCAAUCAUUAAGAUUAGUGUAUAUAAUGGAAUAGUGGCAUUACAAUGUGUGAGAGGCACCACAUUUGGGCUUUUAUGGGGGGGGGCAUGCCCCCAGACCCCCCUAGCCAGCUAUUAAGCAACAAUUAAAAAUGACACAGUAGGAUAACAGAGAUUCUAUAAUACAGUAUCACCUAAAUAUGAAAAAUGUUAUGUGAGGUGUUUGCUCUCAUUUUGCUCUCAAGGUGCACAAGAUUGAUGCAUUUCACAUUGUGGGAAACACUGACGAACACUCAUGAACCCAUAAUUUUCUGAUUACCAGAUUAUUCAAGUGCUAAUGUAAACAGCACGAACUGAUUACAGGAUGAAAAGUUGUUAUCAAAUGAGAAAUUCGAUAAACACAGCUGGCUUUUUUCCCAAUAUUUUGUUACCUUCUGUACAGCAUUAAUCUGGUUUCUAUCGUUCUUUUACAUCUGAAAAUGUAUAAAAACAGACAAAAACGCGAUCGGAUGCAGUUCUGUGGUUCAGGCAACGUGGCGAGAACUAAUUUUUGGAUGGAUAGAUAUACAGUCUUUGAAAAAAUGAUUAGACCACCAUGUUUUCUUCAAUUACUUGUUCAUUUUAAUGCCUGCUACAACUAAGGGUACAUUCAUUUGUUUAUUUAAGAGCUGAUAUCUAGACAUUUUCCAUGGUUUUAUUGAUAAUCAAAAUCAUUCUGAAGAAAACCAUGGAAAAUGUCUAGAUAUCAGCUCUUAAAUUAAACUCUUCUCAGCUGUUUUUGAUUUUAUCAUUAUAUUUGUCCAAACAAAUGUAACUUUAGUUGUUUCAGGCAUUAAAAUGAACAAGAAAGCAAGGAGAAAACAAGGGUGGUCUAAUCAUUUUUUCACUGUCUGUAUAUUCAGGACUUAAAGUAUUCCAGCUCAGUGCUGGAUCUCCAGCGUCGGAUGUUCAUUUAAAUAAAACACAAACUGGACAGAAGAAACACACAGUGGUAGCUGCUGCAAGAAAUUAAAAGAACCAGCUGCUUCUGCACGUUGUCAUCAACUUUCCUAAUAAUGCUCUUUUUUGUUUGCCAAAUGAUGCAAAUGUCUCCAUUAUAACCUUAAAAGCCAUUGUUACGCCGUUAUUAUUGGUUUAAAGAUGCCGUGUAGAAACUGAUGAGUUAUCACAGUAUCUGAGUCUUUGUUUUUCUGUCAUUCAUUUUUCUGUCCCUUUCUUUAAAUUUCUUGUUAUUUAUUCAUUUUGUUUGCUGCACGUUGUUAUGCAUGUUUUACAGCUAUAAUUUUUUGUUUUGUCUUUGUGGAUCAUAAAUGCAGAAAAAAAAGUUUUGUUGUCCAGAUAUUUUUAAGUUUAAGUUUAAAUAACUGAACAUAACUCACUGAUUUUUGUAUUUCAGGAAUAAAAACAAACAGAAGAGCAUAAUGUGCUUCUUUGGCUGAAGACGCCAAACCUGAUUCUAUAUAUUUAUAUUUGAUUAUAUCGAACGCCUGGAAGUUCUGCUGCAUAAAGAGUAAUA